CUGCUCGUCACUUCAUGCACUGACUCCAUCUACACAUUGUCCUUUGAUCCAGUACCGUCGACAGGAUCUCCAACCCUUAAUCUUCUGGCUCGAACAAUCGUUGGCCACCAUCUGUCAUGGAUCGUAUCUCAUCCGUUCGAUAAAUCCCUCAUAUGUACAGGGCUCAAACAGGCAGAUGGAGAGGUUGCCAUGAUCAAGUAUGGCAGAGGUGGAACCGUCAAAGAAGGAGAAGUGGUGGCCAGGGCCAAGAGUGGUGGUGCAGACCCUUGCACCCUUCUUGUCGCAGAGGACGAGCAUAUUAUUGGAAAUGUAAGUCCCCAAAAUGGCACAAUCGCGACCCUUCUGAUAUCAACAUCCGCCCCUUACAUACUCUCACCACACCCAUGGACGCUUUCGAUGUCGUUCGAGUAUGUAAGUUGGAACAAAACUCGUCAGUCUUCAUCCCACCCCCAUCUCAAUCCACUGAACCAAACGGAGAAAGAGCUCCUUGUCCCGGAUUUAGGUACAGACAAGGUCUGGAGACUCACCAAACGAAAUGAUGGCAAGUGGUCCAUUCACGGUCACAUUGACUUUGAAGCAGGGGGUGGCCCACGACAUGUUGUAGCUCGAGGAAAUACCCUUUACAUGCUACUGGAGCUCACCUUAAAGCUUGCUGUGCAUACUUUCCCACCGCUUCCGGCGACCCCUACUUGUCUUACUUCUCUGUUCACACUUUCUGCAUUACCAAUACCGGAUACCAUGUUGGCAGCGGAAAUCCUGCUACCCAAACCCAACACAUCCUUCCCUGAAACAUUCAUCUACACACCGAACAGAAAUGACCCUCAUUCCGAGGGUUACACGAUUGCAAUAUUCUCUCUUGCUACCGGAGAGGGUCAGCCAGAGCUUGUGAACGAAGUGUGUACAGGGCUAAUUCAUGUCCGGGGAAUGGUGUUUGGAGGUGACAAAGAUAAGUAUCUGGUUGUAGGUGGUGCGGAAGGUAGCGGAGUGAAGAUAUUUGAGAGGAUUGAUGGUGGCAAGGGACUCCAAGAAAUUGCAAAGCUCGGUGAAGACGUUGUGGCCCGUGGGCCAUCCCACUGGCUUCUUGUGGCACUGAGAAGUCAAGAUGUGAACCGGUGGACAUACAUCUGCUCGCCAGCUGGAGUGUAG